UUAUAACUAAGCAGCAGCAGAAGAAGAAGCAGAGCACUAACACUUUUAUACGAGUCUACACUGAAAAAAUGGCUCAUUUGGAGACGCUGAAUUCGUUUCUUUGUGAUCGUUUAAUGGCUGCUGCAGCAGAAAUAUAUCAAGUGGUUAAAGACACUGUUUCUCAGUAUCAGGACGAAAUAGACCGCUCUAAACAGGAGAAUAUUUAUUUGAGGAAAAUGCUAGCGGAAGUUAGCAUCAACAAUGGACCAGUUCUGACAGGUGCCCAGACCAGCCGGGGAGUUGGAUUUCCUCCUGAACAGCAGAACAGUAAUGAGGAGGUGGUAGAUUCGGAAGCCUCACUCAUUCAAGUGAAGCUGGAGCUUAGCACCAUGCAGCAGGAUCUCAGCACCGAAGAGCACGAUGUUGAAGAGCGAGAUGCAGCAGCACUCCAUUUCCCCUCAGAUUCUACUGAGGACGUCACGGUCAAGCUCGAGGAAAAUGACGUCCAGCUGGUUUGCAGCGACGAGUUAACUUCCUGUCCAGUGAACGCUGAAAGCCAGUUCGACCCAACAACCCAGUCCUUCUCUCAGCACGACUACUCAAAUCUCCCGUUUCACUUGCAGAGCCCGGCUGCGGAAAGACUGUUUCGCUCCAAGGUGCGUCGCAGACCUCUCAGGAGUGACGGGAAUUCCAAAGGGCGUAAGAUUACCAAGAGCUGCAAGGAGAAAAAACUCCGCUGCGAUCUCUGUGGGAAGUGGUACAGCACCGCUCACUCGCUCAAAAUCCACCUGAGGACGCAUACGGGCGAGAGGCCGUUCCCCUGCAAGUUCUGCGUGAAGACUUUUCACCAGAAAGCGCACUUAAAGGAACACGAGAGGACGCACACUGGAGAAAAACCCUUCAGCUGUUCAGUGUGUGGGAAACGUUUCAGUCGGGCUCAGCAGGUCAGAGUCCACAUACACUAUCAUCAUCAACAUCAAGCUGCCACGAUUAUUAAAAACCAACAGUGCACAUGAGACAGCGUAAAGGAUUCGAAGAGCGACAAGUUCUCCUUCUUUUCUUUUGCCUUCACAUACUGUGUGUGUACGCGAGUGUGUCCGUUUGCGCAGAGAUAAACAUUUUAAUCCUGCUCUUAAAAUGUGUAUUCUAUCAGAUUUUCACUGCUGAAAUGUUUCACAGAGAGAUUAGACAGUGUUUUUUAUUUUAAAGCUGAUACAGUUGAGUGCAAAAGUUUGUACAACCACAUUAUUUAUAGUGACAAAUAGGGCUGUCACUUUUUAACCGCUAUUCGAACAUCCGUUUUGUACAGAACGCUAAAAGCUAGUUGUACAGAAAAGGAAGAUAACAACAGCAGCUUGCAGCCUGUUCAUUAAAAUCCAUUCAUUUUUCCAAAUCUUUCACAACCUCAUCUACACUUUAAUGCUGUGUCCACUAGGUGGCACGUCAGAGCCAAACAUCUCUGUACAUCUGGUUUGACCGCCUUUGAAAGUAUUUACUGAUCUGGAAAAUUGCAUGCAAAACAGACCUUUCAGUAGGAUGAAGAGAUUUUUAAAGUAAAAAAAAAAAAUCACUAUAAUUAGAUAACUGUUAAUGUUAGCACUAUAUAACAGUCUAAUGCGAGACUUAACUUGGCUCCACCCCCACAGACAGUGUCACAUGGUGCUAUACCGCCUCUGAUAUUUAUGUUGGUCAGAGGUUUUAUGUGUGGCAGCAUCACGUUCAUUUAUUUACUCGGUAUAAUUCAGCAUUUAGCUCGGGUCUUAGCUGAAAAUCAGCGUAAAUGUGUCGCAUACAUGUGCUGCAUUCGGCACCUUUGAGUCCAGUGUUUUAAGUCUUCACAGGAAAGUGCAUGAGAAAAGAAGACUAAGAGCUAUGGAGCUAACACCAAAACCUCCAUAGUUAUCAGUUAUUACGUUUGAGAGUGUUGAAUUAUUUUUUUUAACCCUCUGUUAAACACCACUGUAACUGACUCAUACAUAACAGCAUCCAAAAAUAUAUCACUAAUAUCAAUAAACAUCUUACAGUUAAUUCGGUAUAAUUGUAUCUAUCGUGUUUCUAAGGUUGGAAUUGCGCUGUAAUUGAGUUAAGAUUUUCCCAGAGGGUUAUGAAAACGUGUCUUAUAGUCAUACUGUUGGAGGAUCUACCAACAGGGGAUGCAAACUUUUGCUCUCAACUGUUAUCUUAGAUGAGCACUGCUGAUAAGGAAAUUGUUUUUAUGAACGCUACCUAACCGUAACUUAAAGCAUUUUAAAACAUGUUUGCUUGCUUUUUUUGUUUGCAUACAAUACUUUUGUAAAUCACAUUCGUUCUGGUUGAUCGUUUUGUGAAAUAUAAAAUAAAAUAAAAUGUUCUACAGUG